UUCGCCCAUCGACAACGUCACACAUUAAACGUUACUCGUGGAGAUACAUGCCCCUUAUUCGCUGCUAACUUGAUAACUACUUAUUGCCUCCAUGUGAUGCGUGGUGGCAGCAAAAAUUCUAGAUUCCCGUUUAUACCGUAAUAAUUAAGUAGAUGCUUUGUUGGAUGGUGUUCUUGGCAUUUGGUAAUUCUUCUUUGAGACGACAUUUCACCUGCUGUCCACGCCUCCUCCGUAUUGAGGUGUGAUUUCUAACGCAACGUCACAAGAAAGGUUGCUUUGUCCGGAGUGAGUCACCGUGUCCACAUGAUGGAAGUACGAUCUAGUGUUACCGCGGUUACGGUUCUAUUGGCUCUACUCUGUGCGGUAACAACCGGUGAUGAAUACGUCCCAGCAAAACUAUAUGUCGAGGCAAAUCCUGUACCCACAUACGACGAAGAGGGCGUUGCAACCCAACAAAAUCGGGAUGAUGACAUACAAGAUUUGUUGAUGACUGUUAUAGCGCGCCUUAUACAAAACAUUGAUCCUAAUAAAUUAGACGAAGCGGAUACCCACCGACUACUCGCCGCAAUCACCGGGCUAAGUCCCCGACAACAAUCCCACCUUGGAAAAUCAUUAUUGGACGUAAACCUUGAUCUAGCCAACACUGAUAUCAUCAUCCCUGAGGACGAUAAACGCAGCCGAUGUCGCGGCCGGGGAUGCAGGAACGUCGGUGGUCUUAACCCGAAUGCCAACUUACGCCCUCUACCGUUUGGAAAACGAUCACGAUUCAGCGGCGCCAACAAGAAUCAGGGAUCAUCGUCAUCAAGCGAUUUCUCGAACAAGAGAGGGCGCACUGUUAAAAAUAGGCUGAGGGAAAGAGUACCGCACUGGACCAGAUUACCGUUUGGUCGUCGAUAAAGGGGUAAUAGGGGGUCCCAUUUCCUUGAUAACUAACGAA